CCGAUCGUGCCGAAGGAGCUGCCAAGUCGCGUACCCCAUACCCAACGUGCAUGGAGAUGCGCCUUCACUCGAGGAACACGAAAAACGAAGCACGAAGAAACGAAACACGAAGAAACGAAACACGAAGAACGAAACGAGUGGGCAGCGACACACACUCUCACGACCCGUCUUCCCCCACGCACCCGACUGGCCCAAACAGGCAAUAUCGACUCCGCGUGCUCCCGUCCAAACCAUCUCUGACCAGCCGCCUCUGACCUUCCGCUGUGUCUGCCUCCCACUCUGGCAACUGGCCGAACACAGAGCCCGAGCAGCCCAGAACACGCCGCUCCAAGCAGCCCAGAACACACCACCCGAGCAGCCCCCACAUCAUGAUCAAGUCCGAAAGCAGAAAGUCCAGUCUUUUCAGCUCAUUGAAGACGCGCCGCUCCUUGAAGGACAUGUCCGUCCGGGCACAGAAAUCCUCGCUGGUGAUCAGCGGCCCAUUCCCGCAACCCACGCCGGAGGCCCGCGCCACCCCUGAGCCGGCACACGCGCUCUCGCCGCUCGACCCGAACGCGGCGGUCGGGAAGCGGUACUCGCAGGUCUAUUUCGCCGGGCCCGAGGGCCAGGAAAACACGCAGAAACGGCACUCGCUCGCGUGGCAGAAGCACGCGGCCGGCCUGGCCAGCGAGCUCUCCUUGGCCACGCUUUCGGCCGUGCCCAGCGACAUGGCGUCCGUCGACUCGGCGCUGGUGGACUUGCCCCUGCCCACGAUCAUGGAGCACGACCGCAGAGCCCCUUCGCUCGACCUGGUGGGAGCCGCGGGUCUCUGGCGCUCCGCGGGCAGCCGCGGCAUGGGUCUUGGCGAGACAUGUGCGCCGCGGCGCAUCCACCGCACCACCAACAUCGGCGACAUGCGCAAGUUCAUCGACGGCGCCGACAUGUUGCCCAUGAGCAACCGCAGGUCGCUCGAGGUGGAGGCGCACGAGAUCCAGACGCUCGGGGCCCGCGCCUGCCGGCGGGACUUUGGCGUGCAGUGUGCCGUGCGGCUCGUGGAGAAUGCGUUUGUGAUGACGUUCUCGGCCGCGGGGCGCGGCGGGCCUCGCGACUGGGACGACGUGGACGAGGCCGAGGUGUUGAAGGGCGACGCGGACGACGACGCCGCGGACUUGUUGCCUGUCGCGGACGUGUGAGGAUCUUGGGGUGUGAUCUCGGGUAUGAUCUUGGCUAUGUUCUUGGGGCAGGGGUUUGGGGUAUAAUACUGGGGCGGGUCUUGGGCAAGAAUAUUGGGGCUUGACAAACAGACAGUGUUGUCCGCCUUGGCACGCUUCGGCUUUAGAACGUGUCCCAUGACAGACGGCAGCCU